CACAUGAGAGCUGGUUUUGUCCACAGGCUUCAUCCUCUCUCUGCGCAUGUGCAGACCGGUCGACAGAUCAAGAUGUCGUCGUCACUGAGCGGGAUGUUCUCCGGCCAGCAGCCGCCCGGUGCUCAUCCCGGCGGGGCUCCCGGUGGACCGGGCCAGCCGGGCUUCCCCGGUACCGCUACCAGACCCCCGGGGAACAACACGCUGGUGGAUGAGCUGGAGGCUUCCUUCGAGGCGUGUUUUGCAUCCUUGGUAAGCCAAGACUACGUUAAUGGAACUGAUCAGGAGGAGAUACGAACCGGUGUUGACCAGUGCAUACAGAAGUUCCUGGACGUGGCUCGACAGACAGAGUGCUUCUUCUUACAGAAAAGGCUUCAGUUAUCUGUGCAGAAACCAGAGCAGGUGGUGAAAGAGGAUGUGUCAGAGUUACGUAAUGAGCUACAGAGGAAAGAAUUGCUGGUUCAGAAACACUUGUCCAAACUGCACCACUGGCAACAAGUGCUGGAGGAUGUGAGCGUUCAGCACCGCAAACCCUCAGACCUCCCUCCUCCUGGACCACUGGCCUUUCUGGAGCAGGCCUCUGCCAGUCUGCCCCCUGCCCCUUUAAAACCAAAUUAACACUGUAAAAGGCACAGCCACAUUAGUCUUCUGUUGAAUGAAAUUGUUCCACACCCACAUUGUUAUCUUGAACUGUGACCUGCAAGUUACAGAAACGCAGGCUGGUAUUCAUCAAUCAUACAGUCUUGAUUGGAAAUGAACGGGAGAUGGAGCGAAUAUUUUCCAGGACAGAAGUGUAAUGUGGCCGAUCCUAAACACACGAAAGAAGAGUAUACACACCACGCACGUACGUCAUGUGAUGCGCGCUGUCAAGUGUCAACCUCUGAGAAAACAGAAGAGCAGUUUGUUGUCACUGCAGCUGUGGGGACAUCACAACAUAGAUUCAUAGUUUUAUUUCAACUUUUUUUUCAGUAUUUUGAUUUAUGUAAAUAUUUAUGUUAACUUUUUUACAGUAAAAAUAAAAUUUCUGAGUAUUUUGACUCUGAA